AUGUCCGCACCCAACUCAGGCCGUCAGUCUCCCCCCGAGGAGCGCCAAUCUGGCAUCCAACAGGGCCAGCCUCCCGCCACCGGAAAGAUGGGGGCCUCAUCAUCGGCCCCGCCACAAGACUUCGCGCAACAAAAGUCCGACGAAACCAAGAAUGCCAAGCUGGAGAGCAACCCGGCACAUCCACUGGGACAUAUCGAGGCGGAAAAGUUUGCGAAGACCAAAUGA